GUGGGCUAUGCCAAGGAGAAUUCCCCCGUCGGCACUGUCGUCAUGUCGACCCAGAAUCUGCGGAAUCCGAUCACACUCCAGGUGUUCGACCGAGACAUGACUGCAGGGGACCCGAUACUGAAUUACAAAUUCGAAUUGACCACGACAGCCUUCGCUGUCAACACUGAAGGGGUUCUGGUGGUCAAUGAACCGAACCUGGAUCGGGAAGGACCCAACAAUGGACGCUAUAGUUUUCAGUUGUUCGCAAGAGAAAUUGGAGGAGAAGCAGCAAGCAGUCCAGUCUCAAUGGUUGUGCAUCUUUUGGAUGUCAAUGAUAAUGAGCCAGUGUUGCCAACGUACCCACAAAUCACUGUUCAAGCGGGAGACGGACGCCGGAACAUCCUCAGGAUCCAAGCAAAGGACGAAGACGAAGGCGGGAAUGCAGAGGUCAAAUAUUCCAUUUACCACGUCUCCAACAAUGGGAAAAACAAGUUCGAGAUCAAUGAAACAACUGGAGAU